GUUUAUUGAAGCUCCCCAAAUAUUUUGUCUAUGGGAAAUUUAAUUUUAUUUUCAUUUAAAUUUCUUAACAGUGAACAGUUGCUGGCGCUGGGCAGCAAUUGCCCGUCGCCGGAGCUGGCGCCGGCGUUGCCACCCAAGACGCAGCAGCGUACAACAUUGUCACUGUUUGAUGCGGCCAUGGAUAUGCUGGACGAUUGCAUUUUCGAAAUGCCAGAGAUGCGUCAAUUGUCGCCACAUCAUCAGCAUCAUUCUUCGUCGACGCAGCUGCACCACAGGCAUUUGGAGAAGCCGCCGCCGCUGCCGAGGAAUAAGAAGCACAAUUUUCAAAGUGUCGCAUUCUCGGUUCUGGCCUACAUGGAGAUCUGCUCGGCGAAUUCGCACUCUGUGGAGCAGCAUCGGCAUACAAUGCACGCGUACAACAUCAGCCGCAACAUGUCGCAUAGUCAGACCAUGAACAUAAUGUCCGUUAGCAAGGAUCUGUCGCCGGAGCAGGAGAUGUCGGGGUCGGCAUCGACAGCUAUCCCAGCAGCGAUUAUUACAACCCCACCGACUAGUCCACACACACACACACACACACUCAAUUAGAAAUCGAAACAACUUGAAAAGUUACAAAAAAAAAAAAAAGAAAAUUUGAAAUUGCUUUUUAUGCGUAAAGCCAACUAAAUAUUUAUAUACACAGCGAUUAAAUUCCGUUAAAAUGGUUAACUUGUCAAAAAGCGUAAACAUAUAUAUAUAUAUAUAUGUAUGUGUGUGUGUGUGUGUGCAUGUAUGUAUGCAUGUGCACCGACGUCUGCUAUAUAAAUGCGUACAUAUGCGUAUGCCCAGCAUUGUGCAUUCUAAAUAUAUAUAUAUAUAUAUAUAUGUGUAUAUGUAUCUCUGAUUUAGUCAUUGCUUUAUAUGUGCCUAUUAUAACGAUUUUUGAUGUAUAUUUCAUAACAUCAGUUACCAGUUUUUAAUAAUUCACAUUUUUAUUAUGUAUGUAUUGUAAAUGUAAUUGUAAUCUAUUGUAAACCCAACUAAAUGAGAAACUACCAACUUUAAAGAUAUUAAAACGAAAUUAAACAAACAAAAAAAAAAGUUAAAAAAAAA